AUGGCUCACCAGUAUUUGGGGGGGGGGCCUUUGGGCCUGGCGAACUCGACCCUGCCGUUUUCAUCUUUGACGAUUUUGAUGGCUGGGAUAAACCGAGGCCAGAGGGAUGGCAGCUCAAUAGAGCCACGCGACGAGCCAAGCCAGAGCCUGCGCAAGAGACUGAACCGUCUGAGUAUACCGGCCAGCCGGUAUUGCGCGGCGCCAAAAUUCGACGAUAGUACUCACUGGGUCAAUGAUAAGAAGCUCCAGGAGGACCCCGACACGAAACUCUACGGAGCGCCAUGCAACUACAUCUAUGGCUUGGAAGGGCGAUUUUUGACCGCGUGGUGGUUACCGACUCAUGUUUUCCAUCUACAGCCAGCCCCAGGGGAACAAAUUCAUGUGGAUUUAAACGUGUUCUGCCACGAUGAUUACUGUUUCCCCCUUCCAGCGCCCCGGCUGGGCCGGCCAGCUCGGGACGACACUACCUAUAUCGUCUCGAGCGAUAAGCGCCUCAAAGACUGGGGCCUACCCCAUGAGAUCAAGAUGCUCUUUCCGGCGCGCCUGGUGGAGACCCUCAUUCGCCUUGCUUUCCGAGACCGGUACCUCAGGUCCCGUUCACCCAUGUUGCUUAUUGGAAAAAAGCAUAGGUGCCCGCUGCUGCGCACUGAGUGGGUGUACGCGUUGCGGAGUAUCUUCGGCUCGAUGACGACGCCAGAUUAUCGUGUUGAACAGCGGCAAGCCCGCUUCAGGAUUCAUAACUGUGUGCGGAAUCCCGCUUUCCAGCAGAGCCUCCAGCCCAGCCUGGUUGGUCUAGAGCCGGCCUGGUUUCGGAUGGAGGAGUACCAACCCAUCUUUCAGGACUACUGGAAGGCUCUGCUCCGGGCGAGAAGCCAGCCAAGCCGACAGGGCGUUUCUAAUCCUCAGGACGUUCUCGACCACUGCCCUAUCGACCUGGAUUUCCAAGGGUGUGAGGCAUUCCCCGGUGAUGAAUGA